UACUCUGUGAGCACUCACCCUGGUGGGGCUGGCUGGGAAUGGCAGAAGGACCUGGAGGCAGAAAUAAGGUGUUAGUGCAAAGCAUAGCUGGAGCAGAGUAGGUACUGGAAGAAACAGGUGAAGGCCUGAAAAUGUCACAAUACUUACUUCCUCCCCUGGAAUACCAGUGUGCUUCUACAGAACCCAGUUCUGGUGCUGGCUUAGCAAGUGAAAAACAUCCAUAAAGGUUUCAGUGAUUUUCUUUUUUCCCUUAAUUAUAACAAGAAUGAAUUCAAAAUGCAGUUAGGCUAUGAACUGCUGCUGAAAGAGCACUGGAGGAUCUCUGACACACAAAGGAAUAAGUCAUGCUCUGAACAAUUGCCGAGAAGUUAAGCAAAUAUAUUCAGAAAGGCUAAGAUAUUUAAACUACCUUUUUUUCUUGUUUUCAUUUAGUAGAAUUACUGUCAGAUUAAAUUGCAUGAAACAUGUUUCUAGUGUUGUAUAAGCAAGCUGUAACACAAUAACAAUGUUAGCUGCAGGAAACAGCUGACAGUUCGGUUCUUGUAUGACUGUAAGCUUCUAUACAGGCAGAGCGUUGCCUCCACAUGAGGCCUGUUAUAUCUGCACGUCACUGUUCCAGUGAGGCAUCCCUCAGAACAUUAACCUUUCAGAAAUGAUUCUUACCUCCCUGCUAUUGCGUGAAACCUGAAUUUUGUGCUAAUAACAAAACCCACUGUUGAGAGUCAUUUCUUAUGCCAGCUCAGUCUAAGUGUCAGCAUCUCUGAGUGUUAACUUGUGCCUUAAACAUGUUUUCUUACAGUUCUCUCUGCAUUAGGCUCAACUUCACGAUGCUGAGGGGAGUCACUCACGGUGCAAAAGGUACAUUUACUUUUUUGUUGGCAAGACCUCAGCACCAUAACCCGGGAUUGAAUUUUUCAUCAGUACGGACUGAAGCAGCCAACAGAAGCUUCCUAAUCCGCUCCACUUACACAACUGACACAAAAUCCAGAGAGGAGAAUAAAAAAACCAUCGAGAGUCUCUACAGAUUGUCCGUUGAUGUUAAGAAAAUACGCAGACUAAAGGAAUGGGUCCUUCUCCAGGAUGUGGCCUACGUUCAAGAAAUCGCCGGUAUUUUACAGGAAAUGGGAGCAGACAAGGCCGCUGUAGCCAACAUUUUAGAACGCUGCCCAGAGGCAGUUCUCCAUACCCCUGCAGACAUAAACUCUCAAAGAGCUCUAUGGCAAUUAGUAUGCCAGAAUGAAAAACAAUUAAUUAAAUUAAUAGAGCAGUUUCCAGAGUCUUUUUUUACUACUGAGUAUCAUGAGAACCAGAAGGCAAAUAUACUGUUUUUUCAAGAGUUGGGACUUAAGAAUAACAUAAUCACCAGGUUCUUGACAAGCGCACCCAAUAUUUUCUAUAAUCCUGUGGAGAAAAACAAAGACAUUAUAGAGACAUUACAAAGAAAUUAUUUAAGUUUAGGAGGUUCUGAUGCAAAUAUGAAGAUCUGGAUACUGAAGCUAUUGAGCCAGAAUCCAUUUAUUUUAUUAAAUAACUCCACUGCAAUCCGGGAGAACUUGGAAUUUCUCCAGAAGAAUGAUUUCACUGACCAUGAAGUUCUGCAGCUGCUGUCCAAACUUAAAGGUUUCAUUUUUCAACUCACUGCUUCUACUAUGCAGGAGAGUAUGAUUUUUUCCAAAAGAGUCUUUAAGUGCAGCGAUCAAGAAUUAAAAGAUCUCGUGCUGAAGUGCCCAGCCCUUCUCUACUAUUCUGUUCCAGUCUUGGAAGAAAGACUUGAAGGACUUCUCAAGGAAGGAAUUUCUGUGGCACAGAUUAAAGAGACACCAAUGGUGCUGGAGUUGACAACGCAAAUUGUCCAGUACCGAAUUAAAAAACUCUCUGCUUUGGGAUAUGAUAUCAAGAGUGGAACUCUAGAAAGCUUGAAUGGUACUAAGAAAGAUUUUGAAGUCAAUUAUGGGAAUUAAGAUUGCAACCCCACACCCCGCUACUGCAUAAGCAUCAUCUACUUGUCAAAGACAAAAUAGGAAGAUGAAACGGUAUGUUAAUGUAUUUAAGCACACAAGAAAAUACAAUCUACUGCACCUAGAAACUAGUCACCCUGCCACAUUUCUCUGCAAGGUGUUUUCAGUGUGAGCCUUGAGAAAUCUCUGGUCUCCACAACAGUGUUGGACAGGUCAGUAUUUUUCAGCUUCUGUCUUGCCAAUUCCUCACCAACCCCAAACCCUUCUUUUAAAAAAGUUUCAGAGUGAACCACGGCAAGAGACAGACAGUUAAUAACUGCAGGGAAAGAGUUCCACAGUAUUUUGUAUUUUCUAGCUACCUGUAGAUAAUACAUGGGAUUUAACAUAUUUCCCUUUCUCAUGGAAAAACAACAGGGAGAACCAAGAAAAGAGCAAGUGGAACUACCCUGGGUUUGGUAGGGAAGAAACAAACUUGAAAGAGAGAGGUGAGGGAGUCAGCAGCAGAAAGAACAUGCUUGGGAGAGGGUAAGUCUACAGGGGCAUGGGAAAAAUCAAGAUCUAGAUCCACCAGAGACCUCUAUCCCACCUCUGUCACCGCAUUCACUCCGCACUGUGAUGUGCCUUAAGAAAACCAGUGCAACAGGUCUCAGUCUCCAGUACCCUGACUGCCAACAACUUGCAUUUGGAAAACAAUUUCCAAGAGUCGCCUCCCAGCACUCAUCUACUACAAGAUGAACAACUUUCUCCCUACAAGAGUAAACAACUUUUCAGGCACCUCCAGCGAGGUUUUGAUGCCAGGACUGACCCAGGACUUGGAAUUUAUUAAAAGUGUGGUUCCUGUAUGAGUGCCCUGAGUAAUUCAAACAGAAGAUGCCAAAGAGAGAAAUUCUUACAAGUUUAAGCAAAAGUAUCCAGAGGGGCAGUGCAGCUCAAGGGAGCAGAAAGUACUAAAAAUGCUUCCAGCUUACACUAGUGUCUCUUAUUAAAGAAACUGAUAUACAUAACAGAAAGGGUCAUGGAAGCUACAAAUAUAAAUGACAAUCUUUUACCUAAAGCUAAGUAAUACCCUUGUCUGGUUCACUCUAGGCCAGCAGCUUUCAACCUGAACAUCUCCGGCAAAAACACGUUGCCAACUCAAACGCAUCAGAAUUUCUAUUUACAUAAAGACAGUCUUCAAGGAAUUACACUCAGAGGAGUAUAUGGAGCCUGGUAUAAAAUCCACUGUCCAGGUAUUACUCAUUUGAAGAUUCUUGUGACCAGACUUCCACACCUUGUAAAAAACUUAGGCAGAAAGCGCUGUACUUCCACCUAACUGGAUCAUUAUCAUCAGGGUGAAUAAAGCUUUAUCACACUGAAUUUUAACAGCGGAUUUCAGUGAGUCAGAGGUGAUAUUAGCAAGAAAGGACCACCAGAGCUAACUUGAAAAAUAACAACAAAGAAACAAAAGUAAUCCUGAAAUGCUUCUUCUCAUAUUACUUCAGGUGGACAACAUCUACCCUAUUUCACAAGCAUCAAUACUGACUGUGACUUCGUGUAUUAAUAACUUCCUGGCCGUGGCUGACACAUUCCCAUUUCAUUCCUGUUUGCACUGUCCAUGAGGUCUAAUAAACACCCUGCAGCUGCAAAGUUUUCACUGCUGGUUGAUUUCUAUUCUAGGAUAUGCACUCCUGCUCUCCUUGUUUCUAACCAGUAUGAAAAAGAAGGUAAACCAGAUCAUUCCUAAAUUUAGGAAGAAAACAACACCUGUUCCUUGUUCAGGGGUUGGAUCAUGCUGCCUCGCAGCCAGCU